GACCAGACCACCUCAAACUUUUAUUUUCUGUGUCUUUUUUUUUUUGUUUUGUGUUUUGUUUUUCAUUAGAUUUUUUUUUCCAGACAAAACCCUUUGGUGUUUGCAUCGGCAAAUUUGCUCGUCUUGGUGGCUCACCCGUGUGUGUUUUGUUUUAGUGCGUGUGCGACCCUCUUCUAAAUUAAGUUUGAAGAUUUCCUUCUUUUUUUUUUUUCGUGGAUUUAGAGAUAUAUAAAAUAAAUAAAGUUAAGUGGGUAAAAGAAGAAAACGCGAAAUAAAUCAUGGAAUCGGAGAUGGAUCUACAGCUGAUGCUGCUUCCGGCCGUUGUGACUGGUGAUGUUAUUCCGGCUACCAACAACAACGACAGCACGACCAACAACAAAAUGGUGAACUGCCGAGAUGAAGAAGCCGAAUAUCUCGAUAGAUUGUUGACUGAAAAAAAACUCGUCGACGCAACGGCCGGAUUGGAUUGCACUCAGAAACUCAUCAACGCCGAGAUUGAGCGGUUGCUGAACGGCGGAAGUGUUAAAGACUCUUCAGUGAACGGAAGCUGCAGCAGCGGCGCUGCUGGAGGAAGCAAGAGGUUCUGCGACGUCACCAAAGACAAACCCAUCAAAGUCACCGUCCGGACUUCUGUGCCCACUCGAGACCAUCCAAAAUUCAAUUUCGUCGGCAAGCUGCUGGGCCCCAAAGGCAACUCCCUGAAGCGUCUACAAGAAGAGACGCUGACCAAAAUGGCCAUUCUCGGUCGAGGAUCGAUGAGAGACAAACACAAGGAAGAAGAAUAUCGACAUUCGCACGAGCCUCGUUACAGACAUCUCAACGACGAUCUUCACGUUGAAAUAACAGCGUACGCAGCGCCAGCCGAAGCUCACGCUCGCAUCGCAUUGGCAUUGACGGAAAUUCGACGCUUCCUCGUUCCGGACUACAAUGACGACAUCCGACAAGAGCAACUACGUGAAAUGCAAAUGAUGAGCGGAGGUCCCGGCGGGGGUGUUGCCAGUAGCGGAUGUUCCAGUAAUAACAGUUGCGGCAAUUCGAGUCAAGACGUCGACAACGCCGUCCAACAACAACAACAACAGCAACAACAACAACAACAACAACAACAUCUCGCAGCUGUGCGUAGCGUCGCCGGCCUGACGUCGUCAACAUCAAACGUCAUGACGCUAAACAGCCCACUCCAUCAACAUUUAUCCGCUAUGGCCAAUCAACAGCAAAAUGGAAUGGCGGCUCCAUUACAGCGGGCCGUCGCAGCCGCCGCUGCUGCCGCCGCUGUCAAUUAUCCUCCCGUGCUUCCUUUGACGAUGCAUCCGGCCCUAAGGGGUUUAUGCAAACCAUCGCAAAACCUUUCCAUCGGCCUGACAGCAGCCGCCGGAACGUCUAACCUACUGAAUCGAUACCGGCCGAACGCGGGCAAUGGCGCUGCGCUGCAAUUGGCCAACGGACCCAACGGGAUGAUUAACUUGAACCAACAGCACCUACACCAUCAUCAUCAUCAUCGCUAUCGUCCUGCAGCUACCGGUUUGGCCAGCCAUCGUCCAUCCGGAUACAAGGAUAAUAAUAACGAUAACAUUUACGCAGAUGCCAUCGGCGGAGGUGCAACGAGCGAUCCGGCGGCCGUAGCUGCAGUCGCAGCCUUGGAACUUUAUCACAGAUAUAACAUGCAGCAACAACAGCCGUACGGUAGCGAAGGUUCGGACGGAGUGGCAUCGCCCGACGACCGAGACGAAACGGCCGAAUCCGAUCUUCUGGCAUCGACAACAAAUGGUGUCAUGACGGCCGAUUAUCCUCUGAUGGACGGAACGGGCGGCGGGCUCAAAUUGACGGCCACGGGGGCUCUAGAACGUUCCCGCUAUCGCCACGAACCCUACCCUAGAUACCAUUCGACUAAAGUGGUCACUUGAGGGGGUCAACGAGACACUAUCGACAACUCUCAAAACUCGACUGAACGGCGACAGGCUGAAAAAACAAAAAAAACACGCUGCCAAAACGAGGUGAAAUUCAAGAAAAAUCACGAAAAAUAGAUUUCAAAGUUUUAUCCACAAAAAAAAAAAAAAAACUUUGAAAAGAAAAAGAAGAAAAAAUCAAUACCGAUAUCAUAUGCUAAUUUUGUUUUUCCUAGUGUAUUUGGUUAACUGUUUUCCUACCCCCCCCCCUCCUAUUCAAAUGUGUAUGUGUGUGUGUGUGUGUGUGUACGAACUCUGAUGGCCGAUAAAAGUGUAACGGUCGUUUCGCUGGAUUUGCACAGUCUCGUUGUUCCUUCAAGUCGUUCACGUUUUCUUUUCUCAUCGUCUUCAAUUUGUCCAUCCUCUUCUCUGUUUCGUCUGUCGUUUGUUUCUCAAGUACUGCGUCACUCCUCUUUCUAAUUGGCAAACGUCUUUCUUCUUCUUCUUUCGUUCCGUUUUUGCCCCGUUUAGUUGUCACGUCAGUUAAUGAUUCACGGCAGGCCGGCCAAAAUAUGACACACACACACACUCUCCAUUUUUUUUUUUUUGCUGCCUACACACACCGACCGGCCCUGCUCCUAGCCUUGUCCUCUCAAUUAUUAUUAAUUUUUUUUUUUUAUCUUGUAGAAUCUCUUCUUCAGUUUGUCCUUUCUCGUGUAUUUGUUGUAGCCCUCCUUUUUUGCCCUCUCGCAUUUCUCGAAUUCUUGCCCGCCUCAUCGUCCAUACAUCACCACCGUGCAACAUUUUCUUUUUUUUAAAUCCUUUUUUUUUACAUGGCCUUCCAGCAUUUUGGCGCACUUUGGAUAUUUUCGUUCUCUUCCGCCGAAGUAAACAAACAAAAAAAAAAACACAGAAAAUUGUCCUAUACUAAUGCUAUUGCAACAAACGGAAAGAUCCAAACAAAAACAAAAAAAUGACAAUAAUAAAUAAAUAAAAAUUAAAAAAAAAAAUAAAAUAUACGAGAACUUUAUCGUUUGAUGCGCAUACAUUUUCACGUUUUCCUUUAUUUGCCGAGAUGUGAUUGGAUGGUUACGUCUCUUUCUUUAAGACACACACAGACAGACAAUAGAUUUCGAGUGCCUACGUGUGUGUGUGUGUAGAGAGAGGAAAGUCGCUUUCUUUUGACUGAACACACGUUAGAGACGCAAACACUGCUUGCGGAAGUGUCCGACCUUUGGAACAUUCUUUUUUCUUCCCACCCAUCGUAUUGAAAAAUUUCGAGUUUGGUCUGCUGCAUCAGCCAGCCAUUCUUCCUCCCCCCCCCCUUUUUUUUAUGAUAGAAACUAACAACGAGGGAAGUCAAUAAUAAAUGAAAUGCUGGGAGACCCUUCAUUUAUAUACCCCCCGCCACCAACCCUUUUAUUUAUUUUUUUUUUUCCAAAAAACAACAAGAGUCUCUCUGUAAUACAGGCAAUAUGUUUA